AUGAACAUGACAUCAGUCUUUGGGCCCCCACCAGAGGGGAUCAAUCUCGACGAAAAUAGAAAUGCGGAAGAUACGGCUGCUGUCGUAACUGUAUGUGCGCUUGCCAUAUUCACGAUUAGCUUCCGUCUAUUUGUGCGAUUGUAUAUGCAAGGAGUGAAGCUGGAAGCCGAUGACUGGCUGAUUGGGAUAACGGCCAUUCCAUUGGUGGCAUUACUUGCAUCAUGUAUUCUUGGUGGCACCUACGGCUUCGGUUUGCAUAUCUGGUGUGUAACAGUGUCGAACAUGAUCCUCUUUGCCUAUCUCAUUGUCUAUCUCGUCGAGCUUCUCCUCAUCAAAUUCUCCAUCCUCAUGUUCUACCGUCGAAUCUUUGGCAUGAACUGGAUGAUCUGGGCCACUCUUUUAAUAUGCUAUGGCUGGUGCAUAGGAAGCAUGAUCGCUGCCCUAUGCGCAUGUGAUCCAAUUUCAUAUUUCUGGACCGAAAUCACUGACCCUACAUCUGGCUCAUACCGAUAUAACUUCUACUAUUACUACAUUGGGAACGCGGCUGCCAACGUCAUGACGGACAUUCUGAUUCUGCUCGUCCCGAUGCCUAUUGUUUGGAAUCUCCAGAUGCGAACAAUGCAGAAGAUUGGCGUGUGCGCAGUACUUCUUCUAGGCGGAUUUGUCUGUAUCGCAAGCGGCAUUCGAAUCCACUACCUAACCUACCUCGAUGGUAACAUCGAUAUCACAUGGGCCUUGGGUAGUGUAUCCGUGUGGUCAACUGUCGAGCCAUGUGUCGGAAUCAUUUGCGCCUGUCUUCCUGUCCUCCAGCCAUUUGUCCGGUCAAUGGUCAAGAAAAUGCCCAACUUACCAGGCACCCACCAUUUCGGGGCCUCGCGUGGACUGUCUAGUUUUAUACAGAGGAUAUCUCUCCACGAUCGUGAAAACGACAAGUACGAUAUGUCAUGCAGAACGAGUCCUACCCCCUUCCACCCAGAAGAAGACCUAGAUCCUCUUACGUCGGUCAGGACUCAUGUGGAGAUAGAUCCGAAAGAGAGGAUUAGUGGAGAGGAGAAUCUGGAUCCUAUGGCUAUUCGUGUUAAACAAGUUGUGCAUUGGAGUGUUGAUUAA